AUGGUGAGUAAUUUCGAAAUUGUAGGUUGCUUUUAUGCUAUCGAAAGAAUGUGCGGAAUGCGUGUAGGCGAAACAAUGCUUAGGCGAAACAAUGCAUGCUUGGGUCAUUAGGUUUUGUUAACGACCUUGUUUACUCGAAAGCGGUUUUUGUGACGACAUUUGCCGAAUCAUGCUAUAUUUUGCAGAAUCAUUUAGCAGAAUCAUGCUAUAUAUAUAAAUAUAUAUAUAUAUAUAUAUAUAUAUAUAUAUAUAUAUAUAUAUAUAUAUAUAUAUAUAUAUAUAUAUAUAUAUAUAUAUAUAUAUAUAUAUAUAUAUAUAUAUAUAUAUAUAUAUAUAUAUAUAUAUAUAUAUAUAGUAUAUAUAUAUAUAUAUAUAUAUAUAUAUAUAUAUAUAUAUAUAUAUAUAUAUAUAUAUAUAUAUAUAUAUAUAUAUAUAUAUAUAUAUAUAUAUAUAUAUAUUAUAUAUCAUGAUUCUGUAUCAAAUAUACAAACUUCUUCACGCUCAUGAUUUCUUUGGUGUUGUCUUCAUGAAUUUUUACUAUGCGUUUCACAAAAUAUACCUCACAAUAAGCUUGUCCUAUCAGAGAACUAGAUCCACAUGACCAUGGUAUUUUUGUAUAAUUUUCCCCCAUAGGAACGAACUUCAUAUUUCGAGGCAGAUGAGCAUGACUUGAUUGGAAGUCGUGCUGAUUUACAUGAACCGGGAAUGAACACGAAGUUGACGCUCCCCAAUGGAAUUGAACUGAAAUUUGGUCAAAUAAUAGCGUUGGGUGGUGACUUUUAUGGCGUAUCUAAUAAUCCGAUUAUCGACAUUAAUACUGAUGAUACCGGUAGUGAAGAAAAUCAAAGACGUCGUGAGAGAUUCUUAGCAGCUUAUGCCACGCUUGCGACUAAAGAAUUUAAUGCGAAUGAAACCAACCAACUGAACACACUUGUGACAAUGUUCAACGAAGAAAAGGCUGUAAGAGCAUCGGGCGAGGGGGAACUUCAUUCUCAUUCUGAAUAUGGCGCGGCUUCGCCCAAUAUGUUAAGUCUAGCAAUAAAAAAUUACGAUCAUUUUCAGCCGCAAGCGAAACAAGCUUACCUUGUAGGACAUCAAUUGGCUAUGGAAAAAGCUCGAGUGGCGGCAAGAGACACAAAUGUUGAAAAUAAGAAGAAAAAGUUGAUGGAGGCUUACUCUUUGGAUGCAUUUGCUGGACAUUAUCUUACUGACUGCUUUUCAAGUGGUCACAUCAGGUCAGUUGCCAAAUAUUAUUCAGGUUAUGAAAACAGUACGUGUAUAAAUGCUGAAUUUUUAAUUUACCUCAAAAGUCAAUAAUAGAAUAAUCCUUAAAAUCUGUUCAAGUUGGAUGAUACGUUUGACCUAUACUAUAACCAAUUCUAUUAAAACUGCCCACGCGACUUCACUACCAAUUAACGCAUCCUACACCUGCGACAAUGAGUGGCGGCAGAACUUUAUAGAUCUAUUUAUUCAGUCGAGGUGGAUUGCAUGAUGAAAGCCAGUAGCAGACUGUAAUGAAUUCCCUAAUUUUGUAAAGCAGAGUUUGAAGUUACCGCGCAGCAUUUGUAUGUAUGGAUCAGGCUUAAGCCCCAUGCAUUUGUGGGUAGUAGGCCUAAUGACCAGUGAACUCUAUAUAUAGGCUGCAACAAUAACUCUGGUUUUGUUUUGGAAGCCGAGAUGGUGGGAAUUGAAGGCAAUCUUGUAAUAUACACUGGGCCCCUACGACGGAGAAAACCACUGAACAUAGUACAAAAAUUCAGCAACGUUUGAUGUAGAAUUUCAUGAUUUUUCAGUCAACUAUUUUAAUGAAAUUGAAUAUUUUACCCCAAGUGGCCUUUUAGAACAAGUAAAUAUUAGAAACACUUCCAUGCACCAUAUUAAAAUUGAAGAAAAAAUGUUUGGGUGAAAUUAAAACGGUGACUGAGAAACAUGAGCAAAAUUGUAUUUUUCUGGACUAUCUAUGAGGGAUUUGAAAAGUUGCAUGCAGUCUUGCAUUUUAUUUAGUCUUUAGCGUUUAGGUUACUUAACCACCAAAAAUGAGGAUUUACCUCCAAAUACUGAAAAACAUCGAUCGGUCAGAAAGCCUUAGUAAUUUUUCCCCUCCCGCAACGCCCAUACGAAGUACACUCGUGUUUUGUAUACCUAAAAGAAAUUAGUCAUUUCCCAAAGCUCUGGGUCUAGUCGCGCAAAUCUCAUGUUGGAGGGACAAGAAAUCUUGAUGGCAGCACACAUUUAAGGUGGCUCCCUAUAGUUUCUUGAAAUCUGAAAAAUUUAUGAUUUGGGUCAAAAUGUUUUCAGGAUUGUUGUUUGUUAGGGAACAGGAAUUGUGUGACUUAUAUAAAACAAUAUUUUUAGAGUUGGAAAUGAUUAAUAAAAAUGACGUCAUUGUCGUCGCUAUGGCAACAAUGACGUUUCAAUAUGGCCAACAUUUUGGCUUUAAACGUAUUUUACUCGAAAAAACGUCCGGUUACCCCCAUUUUUUAUUUCAUGAAACGUUUUCAACAAGUAUGAUGGAAUAUUUAAACGAGUUUAAAAAAAUUCUGUAGAGAGCCACCUUAAAUUAAAAGUUUGAUCUAAAAAGGAGAUAUUUCAUUUCGUCUAAAAAGUUGAUAUUUGAUAAUAGAUACUUCUACUCUUUCACAUAUGUGACGCCUGUCACCAUAUAUUUUGUCCCUCCAAACGAUCCCAGAAUGCACUGUGAUCUCUUUUGGGAAAAGGCUAAUUACUGUUGGCUUCACCCAAUCACAGGGUCUUUUAUCGUGCCACGUAGUUUUAAUGGAGUUCACUCAUGCAUGGCACUGAUGGUAAUGACUCGUAAUAGAACAUUUUGUUUUUAUCACGUGGAGUUUCGGAGAAAUUGAUAUAAGUUGACAUCGAAAUUUCCUUCAAAAUCGCUUUCGCUUGUGUCCAAUUGAGAUCAGCUGUAAUGAAUUAACAUACUUUAUAUUAAAUUAACUAAAUAAUUAUUUAUCAAUUAGUUACAUUUAAGAAUCAACUUAGAAUUUUAAUUUGUAAUAUUUUCCCCAUAUUCAGGACACCAAGAGUGCAGCUAUAUAAGCAACUUUGGAUCCCAUUAAAUGGAGACUACCUAAGCAAGUACAUGCAUGAUGAAGACAGCAAAUUUGGUUUACGUGUUAAAAAUAAUAAAAAUACGAAGUGGAUAGCUUACGGCGAUGGGUAUCUUCUGAAGAAUGGAAGUCAAGAUAAUCUCCAGAAGGUCGUUCAGGCAGUCCAGAAAUCUGUUGAUCAAGUACAUGAAGCAUACCAACAUCCUGACAGAGAGAUAAACACAGAUGUUGUGACGGAUCUCCUUCCAUUUGUGGAUCCUGACGCGGAGAACAACACUCCUCUGUUCCAAAUGAAAGAUGGUGAAUUGCAUAUGCGUUCGGAAACUGACGAUCUCCAGAGUACCGGUACAACAUCAGACUGGACGGGAGCAGGAGCAGUACUGAGUCUUGUAGGCCACGAUCCUGAAAAUUCUGCCUUACCAUCUGCAUGA